CUCGGACAUUCUUUUUCUUCAACAAAUCCAUUUGGUUGUUUUCAGUCGUGGAAGAGGGAAGAAAAACGGGUGGCAGAAAGAGAAGAAUGGAAGGAGGAGGAGCGUUGCUAAAGAAGCCUUUUCUUGAAAACGGCAACGGCGCCGGAGUAUCAUCGCCGCCGCCGCCGCCUGCCCUUAUCUUCAGCACGUUCGUCGCCGUUUGUGGCUCCUUCACAUAUGGCUGUGCUAUAUCGUUUUCGUCACCAGCCCAAGAUGGAAUUACCCAAGAUUUGGGACUCUCUGUUGCGGCUUUCUCAAUGUUUGGGUCAGUUUUGACGGUUGGCGGGAUGAUUGGAGCUCUAUUCUGUGGGAGAAUGACGGCUAUUCUUGGUUGCAAAUACACGAUGUGGCUAUCACAGGUUUUCUGCAGCAUUGGCUGGGUUGCAAUAGCACUUGCCCCUAGUUCCUGGUGGCUUGACAUGGGAAGGCUUUCAAUUGGGUUUGGAGUUGGGUUCCUGACGUACGUGGUCCCCAUCUACGUGGCAGAAGUAACACCCAAAGAUUCCAGAGGAGCAUUUUCAUAUGCCAAUCAGUUGCUGACAAAUUGCGGGUGUUCUAUUGUUUUCCUGGUGGGAAAUUUCAUUUCCUGGCGCACAUUAGCGCUAAUGGGUCUUGUCCCGGCGAUACUACAACUCGUGGGGCUAUUUUUCAUUCCAGAGUCUCCAAGAUGGCUGGCAAAAGUAGGAAGAGGCAAAGAGUUUGAAGCUUCAUUGCAUUGGUUGAGAGGCAACGUUGAUAUCUCUCAAGAAAAAGAAGAGAUUGUAAAUACCAUGAAUUUUUUGAAAGAAGAUUCAAAUGCCAAAGUCAUGGACCUUUUCCAGAAGAAAUAUGCAUACUCCCUCACUGUUGGACUUGGUCUAAUGCUUUUACAGCAACUUGGAGGCAGUUCAGGAGUUUCAUUUUAUGCCAGUGGUGUAAUUGAGAAAGCUGGAUUUCCAACCAGCACUGGUACCAUCAUUAUAUCAUUCAUACAGGUACCAUCAGCGGCUGCAGGCCUGUUCUUGAUGGAUUUUGCUGGAAGAAGACCACUGCUCAUGGUUUCUGCUGGUGGAAUGUGUUUCUGUAGCUUUCUUAUGGGAUUAUCAUUUAUAUUGCAGAGCCUUAAUCUUUUGAAGGACUUGACUCCAAUUUUAACCGUCCUUGGUCUUACUGCAUACAUAGCAGCUUUCUCAAUUGGGGUGGCAGGCAUUCCAUGGAUCAUGAUGUCUGAGAUAUUUCCCAUGAGCGUGAAGGCAUUAGCCGGAACUCUCGUGGCGUUAGUCAAUUGGUCAUCUUCUUGGCUCGUCACUUACACUUUCAACUUCAUGCUACAAUGGAGCCCUGCAGGGACAUUUUUCAUUUUUGCCUUAGUUUGUGGGGCAAUGGUUAUGUUCACCUGGAAAUGGGUACCAGAGACCAAAGGAAGGACCCUUGAAGAGAUACAUGCAUCAAUGGCAGGUUGCUUGCACUAAGAGAGGCAGACCCCCUCUGAUAGCAUGUGUUGGGAUGGGUGACUCCAAAUCAUGGUCCAUGAAACCGUACCGGAGAUUGUACCGGAAAAGUCAGCGAUAAAAUAUUUUAUGGUAGAAUCGUGGUUUAAUCGUAGUUCAACCGUUAAUAUCAUUAAAUACCAUCUACCGAUUUAGCCUCCAAUACUGAUAUUUCGUGGUUGAACCGCCGAUACGAUACGAUUUUAUGGUCCAUACUCCAAAUUCGAGAGAACAGCGGUUGAUAAUGGUCAUAUUUGUGAUAACAUGUUUGUCCUUUUCUCUGUUGACCUAUUUUAUAAUUAGUAAUAUUAUAUUAUCAUUAUAAAAGAUGAUAAUGGUCAUAUUUGUUUCCAUGGGUCGUGCCAUGAGUCUAACAACACAUAUUUGUUUACAAGUCAACAAUUCAACCAUCUUCAUUCUUCUAUUUCAAAUUUUCUGCAAUGAAAGCGAAAAUUUAUGAAGGAUACAUUUGUCAU